AUCCGUGAAAUAAUGACGGACAGUAGAAAGUUCAUCGAAAACCUCUCUGGAGCAGGGAAGUCCAUCGGCGUCUUGACAAGCGGUGGAGAUGCUCAAGGUAUGAAUGCCGCUGUGAGGGCAGUGGUCAGAAUGGGAAUCUACGUAGGAGCAAAAGUUUAUUUCGUCCAUGAGGGCUACCAGGGCAUGGUGGAUGGAGGGGACAACAUCAAAGAGGCAUCAUGGGAAAGUGUUUCCAGUAUGUUACAAGUGGGUGGCACUGUGAUUGGCAGCGCCCGUUGUAAGGAUUUUCGUACCCACGAGGGACGUUUGCGUGCUGCUCUAAACCUGGUGCAGCGUGGCAUCACUAACUUGUGUGUGAUUGGUGGAGAUGGCAGUUUGACCGGAGCUAAUCUCUUCAGGGAGGAGUGGAGCGGACUGUUGGAUGAGCUUGUCCAGUCAGGUCAAAUCACUGAAGAGGCUUCCCAAACUCAUUCUACGUUGCAUAUUGUUGGGAUGGUUGGCUCGAUUGACAAUGAUUUCUGUGGGACAGAUAUGACCAUUGGCACUGACUCAGCACUGCACAGGAUCAUAGAAGUGGUGGACGCCAUAAUGACCACCGCACAAAGCCAUCAGAGGACCUUUGUGCUGGAGGUCAUGGGUAGACACUGCGGGUAUCUAGCAUUAGUCAGUGCUCUUGCGUGUGGAGCUGACUGGGUGUUGAUUCCAGAAAUGCCUCCCAAAGAUGGCUGGGAGGAACAGAUGUGUCACAAACUAUCAGAGAAUCGUGCUGAUAAGAAACGGCUUAAUAUCAUCAUAGUAGCUGAAGGUGCAAUAGACCAUAACAACAAGCCCAUAACCACAGACCUUAUAAAGGACCUGGUUGUGCGCUGUUUGGGGUUUGACACGCGGGUCACCAUUCUGGGUCACGUCCAGAGAGGAGGAACACCCUCUGCCUUUGACCGCAUUUUGGCGAGUCGUAUGGGAGUGGAAGCCGUGUUGGCCCUGUUAGAAGCGUCUCCUGGUACUCCAGCGUGUGUGGUGUCUCUGUGUGGGAACCAGGCUGUCAGGGUGCCUCUGAUGGAGUGUGUUCAGAUGACACAGGAGGUCCAGAAGGCCAUGGAUGAAAAGAGAUUUGCAGAAGCCGUAAAGCUGCGUGGCAGAAGUUUUGAAAACAACCUGAAUACCUACAAACUCUUGUCUCACCACAAAAUUGAUACUGAACUUCCAAAUAGUUCAUUUAAUGUGGCCGUAUUGAAUGUCGGCGCUCCUGCAGCUGGCAUGAAUGCAGCCGUGCGUUCGGCCAUCAGGGUCGGGAUCACAGAAGGCCACACUAUGUUUGCUGUUAGUGACGGAUUCGAGGGCUUCUAUAAGGGACAGAUAAAAGAAAUCAAGUGGGGUGAUGUUGGGGGCUGGACAGGCCAGGGCGGGUCCCUGCUAGGCACAAAAAGAACUCUCCCAGCAAAACACAUUGGUAAAAUUGCAGAACAAAUGAGCAUUCACAACAUAAAUGCUUUACUGGUUAUCGGAGGAUUUGAGGCAUAUUUGGGGUUGAUGGAGCUGCAAGCAGCUCGUUCCAAACACACAGAGCUUUGUGUUCCCAUGGUGAUGGUCCCGGCCACUGUGUCCAACAAUAUCCCCGGCUCAGAUCUGAGCAUCGGGGCAGACACGGCCCUCAACGCCAUCACGGAUGCCUUUGAGAGUUUGCUGCAGCUGGUGGAUGCCCGCAGCAGUUAUGAGGAGUUCUGUGUGCCCAUGUGCAUGCUGCCCGCCACCAUCAGUAAUAAUGUAGCCGGCACUGACUUCAGCAUUGGCGCUGACACUUCCCUCAAUGCCAUAGUGGAGACGUGUGAUCGUAUAAAGCAGUCCGCCAGCGGGACCAAGCGCCGCGUGUUCAUCAUUGAGACGAUGGGCGGUUACUGUGGUUAUCUGGCGACGGUGGGGGGGCUGGCGGCCGGAGCCGAUGCAGCCUACAUCUAUGAAGAGCCGUUUGACAUCCGAGACCUACAGUCUAACGUCGAACAUUUAACUGAGAAGAUGAAGACUAGCAUCCAGAGAGGUUUAGUGCUCAGGAAUGAGAACUGCAGUGAGAACUACACAACUGACUUCAUCUACCAGCUGUACACUGAAGAGGGCAAAGGAGUCUUUGACUGCAGGAAGAACGUCCUGGGACACAUGCAGCAGGGUGGUGCUCCUUCGCCGUUCGACAGGAACUUUGGCACCAAGAUCGCUGCUAAAGCCAUGCAGUGGAUCUCCAAGAAGCUCAAAGAGUUUUACAGAGAAGGACGUGUGUUUGCGAACACAGAGGAUUCUGCGUGUCUGUUGGGGAUGCGGCGCAGAGCUCUGGUUUUCCAGCCCGUCGUACAACUGAAGGAUGAGACUGAUUUCGUUCACAGGAUCCCGAAGGAACAGUGGUGGCUCAGACUGCGUCCACUCAUGAAGAUUCUGGCCAAGUACAAAACCAGCUACGACGUGUCCGAUGCGGGCCAGCUUGAACACAUCGUCCGUCCGAGAGCUAAAGACAGCUCUGCUAUUUAAAAUCAGCCCAAGUAAAACCUAGUUGUCUUGCGAGUAUAAAUGUGAUUCCAUAGCAGAUCUGUAGCAAUCUGUCUUGACCCGAACACAUUAUCAUACAGUCCAUGUAAAGCAGUUCACAUUAAAGCGUGACCAUCUACAUACAGCACAAAAUCCUUAAAUGUUUUAGAUCAGUGUUUGACAAUCCAUAUGCUCAAGCGGUUAGCUUAUCCCUUAAAUGGGGCCAAGUGGUAUAUUUUGUUAAUAUGCAAGAUUUCCAUAUUUAUAUUUAUUCUAAUAGAGCUUAUUUUCAUUGAUUAAAUGAACGAUCCUGCUCCACUGGCUUGUAGUGACGUAUCCCACAACUGCACCUUGUUUUAGUUGAAAUGGAGUCUGAAUGAAGUCUUCCUAAUGAAGCUGCUAUGCUAUGGCACUUUGUACCAAAGCAGAUAUUGUGUCAGUGUUUUUGUCACGACGUAUAUGUGUAUAUGCUACUAGCCCUGCAUAAACUCCCUUUAGAAUGUAAAA